GUCAUAAUUCAUCAUAUACAUUUAUAUGUUGUUCGAAUACCUGAAAUCUGAAUAUUGGAUAACGUUAGUGCAUUACUAGUCGUUACUCGUUACGUACUACGCUCACAUCUCCAUUUGACGAUUUCCGCGUGACAACGGAAAACGAACGCAAAGCCAAUUACGAUUCACAAGGCGUUCAUUCGCUGUAUCUCGUCGAAACGACCUACCUAAGGUCGGACCAGUUGUUCUUUGUUAGCGUCGCCAGCCAUUGUGAGUAACAUGAAGGUAGUCAUAGUUUUGGGAUUGGUGGCUUUUGCCAUCAGCUCAGUUAGCUCGAUAAACUUAAAUGAAGUUAUUGAAGAAGAAUGGAGCUUAUUCAAAAUGCAAUUCAAGAAAUUAUAUGAAGAUAUUAAAGAAGAAACAUUCCGUAAAAAAGUUUAUUUAGAUAAUAAGUUAAAAAUUGCAAGACAUAAUAAACUAUAUGAAUCUGGCGAAGAAACAUAUGCAUUGGAAAUGAAUCAUUUUGGUGAUUUGAUGCAACAUGAAUAUUCUAAAAUGAUGAAUGGAUUCAAACCCAGUUUGGCUGGAGGUGAUAGCAAUUUCACUAACGAUGAAGGUGUGACUUUCUUGAAAUCUGAAAAUGUUGUUAUUCCAAAAUCAAUUGACUGGAGAAAGAAAGGAUAUGUAACCCCUGUCAAAAACCAAGGUCAAUGUGGAUCAUGCUGGUCAUUCAGUGCCACUGGAUCAUUGGAAGGACAACAUUUCCGCAAAACUGGUGUGCUAGUAUCUUUGAGUGAGCAAAACCUUAUUGAUUGCUCUCGUAAAUACGGUAACAAUGGUUGUGAAGGUGGUCUUAUGGAUCUUGCAUUCAAGUACAUCAAAUCUAACAAGGGACUAGAUACUGAAAAAUCUUACCCUUAUGAAGCCGAGGAUGACAAGUGCCGUUAUAAUCCUGAUAACUCUGGUGCCACUGACAAAGGUUUUGUAGAUAUACCUGAAGGCGAUGAAGAAGCCCUCAUGCAUGCUUUGGCUACUGUAGGACCAGUGUCUAUUGCUAUUGAUGCUUCCUCGGAGAAAUUCCAGUUCUAUAAAAAGGGUGUGUUUUACAAUCCCCGUUGUAGUUCCACAGAACUGGACCAUGGUGUACUUGCUGUUGGUUUCGGCACUGACAAAAAAGGAGGUGACUACUGGAUUGUUAAAAAUUCAUGGGGCAAGACUUGGGGAGAUGAAGGUUAUAUAAUGAUGGCACGUAACAAGAAAAAUAACUGUGGUGUUGCUUCCAGUGCCAGUUAUCCUUUAGUCUAAAUGUUUGUAAUUUAAAAUUAUUAACUGUGAACUUUUAUUUUAAACAUUUCUCAAUAUUUUUAUAAUAGCAUUUUUAAUGUACACUUAAUUUAUAAGACUAAAUAUAUUGAUUUCUAAAACAAAUUUUAAUAUGAUAUCUUUACAUUAUAAGUUUUUUUUUCAAUUUAAACCGUUAUGGUGUUUAAUUUGAUUUUUCUCUCAAAUAUGACUCAUCUAUGUUGUAUCAUUACUCUUAAAAAAAUAUUAAAGACAUUGUUUUACGUGUAAAUGCCAUUUUUUGUAAUAUAAACUUGUAAAACAAGCCAGACUAAUCAAAAAAGGAAUAAUUCCUAUUUACUCGAGUUCUAGAAUACUUGUAGAAUAAUA